UUUUCCUGGCCUAUUUUGUUUAGCGGUAGAAGUGGCUGAAAAGGGGGAGGAUUAUUUCCUGACAGCCCAGCAGCCAGCUGCUCGGACAGAUUCUUGGGCCGCCGCUGGCCUGCUUGGCUGUCGCUCCGAUUUGAUGGUCUCUUUCUUGCAGUUUUGUUGAUUUUUCCCAUGUGUUGUUCGGUGGGCUUCGCUAGGUCUUUGGGCCUGGCUCUGUUACCUCUGGCCCUCUGUUGUAUCCUGGCCAAUCUGCUGCUGUUGUUUCCGAUGGGGCAAAUGACAUACAUCCAGCAGGGGCGCCUGGCCAGCUACAUCUGCUACUUUGGCGGACUGGGAGGCGGAGGACUGCUGAUGCUGAUUCCUGCUAUAACCUUUAGCACUUUGGGAAAAUGUAGUUGCUGCUGGAACGAGAGCUUGAUGAUGUGCGGAUCAGUGCUGGCGGCUGUGGUGGGCCUGACGGGGGCCAGCUACUGCUUGGUCAUUUCCGGCCUGGCCUUGCUGCAGGGUCCCCAGUGUUUCACUUCUCUCGGGUGGUCGUACCCCUUCGCGGAUCAAGGAGGAAGGUAUCUGCUGCGGCCCGAGUCGUGGGCCGCGUGCCUUCAGCCGCUCCGCGUGGUGGAAUGGAACGUGACUCUUCUGUGUGUGCUGUUGGGCCUGGCUCUGCUGGAGUUUAUGCUGUGCCUCUUGCAGCUGGCCAGCGGUUUGGUCAACGCUGUCUGUCGGCCUUGUUGCUUUAAGCAGGAGUAUAGUUUGAAUGCUUAGACAAGAGCACCCAAAGAGUUACAGCUCGGCUAGAUUGCGUUGCUUUGAACACAUCCGUAUUUGCGGUCCACGUUAUGCAUGAAAUGCGCUCAGAAGAUGCCCAUUUCAGGUAGAUACGUAUAGGCUUGCUAAGUUGAGCAACACUUUGAUUUUCUUUGAUGAAACAACUCCAAAUUCAUAUUUAGUCUCUUGGCAACCGAUAUGAGAAAAUGAACACAAUUCAGUCAAAUACUAAUAAACCUACGAUGCUUCCU